UAUCAAAUGGCCAUGAGAAUCAUUCCUGCAAAAAAACAGUCUUGUGAGCUUCUGCCAACACCUCCAAAAACAGCGUAGUAUUAAAUAAAUAAACGAUAAGAAUGCUUCUAACAAGUGCUGGCCAGGCAAGUGAAAUGAUCUAUUUCUGAAUUUGAUUAAUCUGCUAUAAGGCAAGUCAAAGACAAAUUUCAAUUGCCAUAUCAAUAAUAACUAAUAGCAUUUCAAAUACAAUAAGAGUAAUCUAAUUAGAGUAACACAAUGAGUAAGCACAUGUAUUCUACGCAAAAUUUAACUGAUAAGGAGUUAAAAGAGCAGGGAAAUCGAAUGUUUAGUUUAAGAAAGUAUGAAGAUGCUACAAAUUUAUAUACAAAAGCAAUUAUUAAGAAUCCAGACGUUGCACAUUACUUUACAAACAGAGCACUUUGUCACCUAAAGUUACAAAAAUGGGAUCAGGCUUGUACAGAUUGCAGGAGGGCCUUGGACAUGGACCCUUCAUUAGUAAAGGGCCACUUUUUUAUGGGACAAGCUUUAUUUGAAUCUGAAAAUUAUGAUGAGGCUGUCAAACAUCUGCAAAGGGCGUUUGAUUUGGCAAGAGAACAGAAAUUAAAUUUUGGCGAUGACAUUUCGUCUAUGCUGCGUUCCGCUCGGAAAAAGAGGUUUACAUUGCUGGAAGAAAAACGAAUCGCACAGGAAAUUGAACUCCAGAGUUAUAUCAAUAAGCUGAUGGCAGAUGACAAAGAGAAGCAGUUAAAGGAGUUGGAUCAGGAGGGUCUUGAUGCUGAUUUCAGGGUGCACAAAGCACAAGAAAUUAAACACAAAUGUGAUACUAGUAUGAACGAUUUAAAUACAAUAUUCGCAAAAGUGGAUGAACGACGCCGAAAAAGAGAAGUUCCUGAUUAUUUGUGUGGGAAGAUUAGUUUUGAAAUUUUGCAAGAGCCAGUUAUUACACCUAGUGGUAUAACAUAUGAAAAGAAGGACAUUGAAGAACAUUUACAGAGAGUGGGUCAUUUUGAUCCAGUGACUCGUGUUACAUUGACGCAAGAUCAAUUAAUACCGAACUACGCAAUGAAGGAAGUUGUGGAUUCAUUCCUGCAAGAAAACGAAUGGGCACAUGAUUAUUAAUUGUUUUAACAUAUUGUCCGAAGUUAACGGAUUGGCUUAUUCACGAUGGUAUAACGUAUCAGAUGCGUCAGUCAAACGCGGAAUCAAUUUUUACAUAAAUUCAAUCGUUGAUUUUGCAAUUUGAGCUUGUGAAGAUGGUUCAUUGCGAUAACUGCGCACAGCGCAUUUAUAGAAUUGAGAUGGAAACUUGUAAAAAUAAUAAUAUAGUAACGAAUACAUGCGAAAUUACGCAUGGCACAAUUUCUAAGGCAGGUAUUACGCGACAAAAUUUUUUGGGAUUCGGAAUGCGAUAGUCAAGAAAGAAUCUACCAUUUGUAAUUUAUUUAUGUAACCGAUAUCUUUCUGCCUCCCUAAUUUAGCUAUCUCUUAGUUUGAUAAUUAUAUUUAAUUAAUUAUAUCAUAUUUGAUUUAUAUUUGACAAAUUUUUUGACACAUAACACACGAAUAUUUUACUUUUAUUUGUGUAUUUGUUUUAUGAAUGCUGUUGAUGAAUAAAUAUGAGCUGCGUAGUCUCUGAUAAUA